GUCUUAUGUGGAUGAUUUUAGUGCGGAAGAAGAAGACGAUGAUGAACGAAGCUUCAAUAAAUCAAACUUAUCACGGCAAAAUUUUGUUGACUACAAGAGUUUUCAUGCGAAUUAUUGGCCUCAUUUCAGUGAUAAUUAUAAGAAGAAUCUGGAUUGUGAAUUGGUCUUUUCUGAAUUUUCUGUUAUUAAAGGCUCAAAUCCGGAAGUGGAAUGCUUAUCAAGAGAAGAUUAUCGAGCUAUUAGUAUCAAGAAAUAUCCAACAUUUUGUCAUAACCGUGAUAAAAUUUAUGAUUUAUUUCAGCAAUAUGAAAAGAUGAAAGCACAGCGUGGUGAUUAUGAUUCUAUCGAUCGAACGCUAGCAAUCUUGAAUUGCGUUAAAAUGAAAGGAACGAAACCACUUGGUAACCUGCAAGUUCACGAGCACAAUGUAUUGCACGAGGAUCGUCUUUCCGAUUUCAGG